AGAGAGGCUGGUGCUGUGGGGAUGAUAUCCUCCCUUCAGACAGAGGCUGGUGCUGUGGGGAUGAUACCCUUCCUUCAGAGAGAGGCUGGUGCUGUGGGGAUGAUAUCCUUCCUUCAGAGAGAGGCUGGUGCUGUGGGGAUGAUAUCCUCCCUUCAGACAGAGGCUGGUGCUGUGGGGAUGAUAUCCUCCCUUCAGAGAGAGGCUGGUACUGUGGGGAUGAUACCCUUCCUUCAGAGAGAGGCUGGUGCUGUGGGGAUGAUAUCCUUCCUUCAGAGAGAGGCUGGUGCUGUGGGGAUGAUAUCCUCCCUUCAGACAGAGGCUGGUGCUGUGGGGAUGAUAUCCUCCCUUCAGAGAGAGGCUGGUGCUGUGGGGAUGAUACCCUUCCUUCAGAGAGAGGCUGGUGCUGUGGGGAUGAUAUCCUUCCUUCAGACAGAGGCUGGUGAUGUGGGGAUGAUACCCUUCCUUCAGAGAGAGGCUGGUGCUGUGGGGAUGAUAUCCUCCCUUCAGACAGAGGAUGGUGCUGUGGGGAUGAUACCCUUCCUUCAGAGAGAGGCUGGUGCUGUGGGGAUGAUAUCCUUCCUUCAGAGAGAGGCUGGUGCUGUGGGAUGAUACCCUCCCGUUAGAGAGAGGCUGGUGCUGUGGGGAUGAUAUCCUUCCUUCAGAGAGAGGCUGGUGCUGUGGGGAUGAUAUCCUCCCUUCAGAGAGAGGCUGGUGCUGUGGGAUGAUAUCCUCCAUUCAGAGAGAGGCUGGUGCUGUGGGGAUGAUAUCCUCCCUUCAGAGAGAGGAUGGUGCUGUGGGGAUGAUAUCCUUCCUUCAGAGAGACGCUGGUGCUGUGGGGAUGAUAUCCUUCCUUCAGAGAGAGGCUGGUGCUGUGGGGAUGAUACCCUUCCUUCAGAGAGAGGCUGGUGCUGUGGGGAUGAUAUCCUCCCUUCAGAGAGAGGCUGGUGCUGUGGGGAUGAUACCCUCCCUUCAGAGAGAGGCUGGUGCUGUGGGGAUGAUACCCUUCCUUCAGAGAGAGGCUGGUGCUGUGGGGAUGAUAUCCUUCUUCCUUCAGAGAGAGGCUGGUGCUGUGGGAUGAUAUCCUUCUUUCAGAGAGAGGCUGGUGCUGUGGGAUGAUAUCCUCCCUUCAGAGAGAGGCUGGUGCUGUGGGGAUGAUAUCCUCCUUCCUUCAGAGAGAGGCUGGUGCUGUGUGGAUGAUAUCCUCCUUCCUUCAGAAAGAAGCUGGUGCUGUGGGAUGAUAUCCUCCAUUCAGAGAGAGGCUGGUGCUGUGGGGAUGAUAUCCUUCCUUCAGAAAGAAGCUGGUGCUGUGGGGAUGAUAUCCUUCCUUCAGAAAGAAGCUGGUGCUGUGGGGAUGAUAUCCUUCCUUCAGAAAGAAGCUGGUGCUGUGGGGAUGAUAUCCUUCCUUCAGAAAGAAGCUGGUGCUGUGGGGAUGAUAUCCUCCCGUCAGAGAGAGGCUGGUACAGUUGGGAUGAUAUCCUUCCUUCAGAGAGAGGCUGUGGGCAAUGUUCCCUAAAAUGUUUUGGGGCACUGAGCAAAUGCAUGGUGUUGUGAGCGGAAACUUGAACGUUGUGAGAAUUUUGUGCAACUUCCGGCGCGUUUACAGUUAACACUGAGGCUGUACCCUUACAGUUUUAGACAGUAGCCAAUAGGUUAUUGUGGCUAUUUGAGCAUAAUGUAGGCCUACCAACAAAACCAAUGGAGUGAAUCCCAUAACAUUUUCACAAUGAAAUAACUUUUGAUUUCUAUGAUAUAGCCUACAGUAGCCUAUAUGUGGUGUUCAAUGCAGGCCUAAAUUGAAUGAGACUUUUAAAAAAGUUUUUACAUUUUGAAGGGCUUGAUAUUAAUUAAUUAUUGUUUACUUAUGGUCUGUAACACCAUGGGCCAAAUAGGUGACUGUGAAUUGCAUUGUAUUGUGUUCUAUGAUGCAAGAAACCACUUUACAAAAUAAAAUGAAUUAUUAUUACAAUACAGAGAAUUAAACAAUAUAGGCUACCCAUCUGCUUAUUAGCUUAUUUGCAUAUUCAAGACUGUCUCAAAAUACAACACUGGCUUUUGAAAGACAGCUUGAAAUGUAGCCUACACGUUUUGUUCUCUUGUAGGAAUCAGCAACUCCCCAUUGCUGACCUAUACUCUUCUAUGGCUGGGCUAAUAACUCGCUAACUAGCAAAGAAUAUCAACAAAUGUGCACAUGCGCGGCUCUGAUCUAAACUGAUCUGAAAAGCGCAUUCACUCGAGGGUGACCGCUCGUGGGCUACACCCGCCAAUAGAAUUCUACUCUAUUGCGCUCUGGCUCUGCCUACAUCAAAAUCACAGACUCAAUCUUGCAAAGUUAGAUUUGUUUUGGGUUGUUGCAUUGAAAGGGGCUGAUAUAAUGUUGAUUCGAUCACAGAGAAAACGUUGAUCUCUAUAGUGCAAACUAAUGUCGCGAACUCAGUGAAAUUCAAUCUCUUGCGUCUCUGCAUGGCAUGGCACUUCUUCUGCACGGCAGUCCUGGAGGGGACAUUGGGAUGAUAUCCUCCCUUCAGAGAGAGGCUGGUGCUGUGGGGAUGAUACCCUUCCUUCAGAGAGAGGCUGGUGCUGUGGGGAUGAUAUCCUCCCUUCAGAGAGAGGCUGGUGCUGUGGGGAUGAUAUCCUUCCUUCAGAGAGAGGCUGGUGCUGUGGGGAUGAUACCCUUCCUUCAGAGAGAGGCUGGUGCUGUGGGGAUGAUACCCUCCCUUCAGAGAGAGGCUGGUGCUGUGGGGAUGAUACCCUUCCUUCAGAGAGAGGCUUGGGAAUCUGGGGAUGUGGGA